CUACUUUUCCUUGCAAAGAGGCAGACAGACAGUAGUAGUUGCAUCACAGCCUGAUGUGGAACUUCCUGGUCAGGAAGAGCUUUUCCCGAGAACAACAAAACGCUAUUUGUCAGACUUCUCUUCGCUAACCCAAUACACAAUCUAGCCAUUGGGUUUCAACGUUAUUUCGACUGUGUUAUCUCGCAGUGGUCAACAGAGAGGUUAAUAACACUCAGAGUUAGCUCCUAAGCUAACGUUAGCUCUGUUUUGCUCUCGCUAUGUCCGCCUCGGCUGGAUGCUCCCCAGUGGGUCAGAGCUCGGGCCUCGGCUCCGGGAUGACCAUGUUUCGCUGGCUAGAAGUGCUGGAGAAAGAGUUUGACAAGGCCUUUGUGGACGUGGAUCUGCUGCUCGGAGAAAUAGACCCAGAUCAAGUCGAUAUUACGUACGAGGGUCGGCAGAAGAUGACCAGCCUGAGCUCCUGCUUUGCUCAGCUCUGUCACAAAACCCAGACGGUGUUUCAACUGAACCACAAACUAGAGGCUCAGUUGGUGGACCUGCGCUCUGAGCUGACGGAUGCCAAGGCGGAGAGGAAGGUGGUGGAGAGGGAGGUCCACGACCAGCUGCUGCAGCUCCACGCUCUGCAGCUGCAGCUCCACGCCAAGCAGGGCCAGGCGGAGGACUCGGACUCCAUCAAGGAGCGACUGCCUGCAGUUACUUUGGACAAGAUGGAACAGGAGCUGGUGGUCAACAGGAAGGAUAAAAUAGCAGAGGCGCGGCUGGAGGUAGAGAUGAGGCUGUUCAAGAAAGAGAACGAGGCUCUGCGCAGACACAUGGCCGUGCUGCAGGCCGAGGUGUACGGAGCCAGGCUGGCAGCCAAGUACCUGGACAAGGAGCUGGCUGGAAGGGUGCAGCAGAUCCAGUUGCUGGGCCGGGACAUGAAGGGGCCGGCCCACGACAAGCUGUGGAACCAGCUGGAGGCGGAGAUCCACCUGCACCGCCACAAGACCGUCAUCCGAGCCUGCAGGGGGCGCAACGACCCCAAGAAACCCCUGCACUCUCCUGUGGGGCAUAAUCCAAACAUGUUGAAGAAGACUCAGGGGGUGGGCCCCAUCAGGAAGGUGGUGCUGGCCAAAGACGACCAUGAGGGGCUCGGGAUCUCCAUCACAGGGGGGAAGGAGCACGGUGUUCCUAUUCUCAUCUCUGAGAUCCAUCCCACCCAGCCUGCAGACAGAUGUGGGGGUCUGCAUGUGGGGGACGCCAUCCUCGCCGUCAACAGCAUCAACCUGCGAGACGCCAAACACAAGGAGGCCGUCACCAUCCUGUCCCAGCAGCGGGGACAGAUAGAGUUCGAGGUGGUGUACGUGGCCCCGGAGGUGGACAGUGACGAUGAGAACGUGGAGUACGAAGACGACAGCGGACAUCGUUACCGCCUCUACCUGGAUGAGCUGGAGGAGAGCAGCACAGUGGCGCCUAGCAACAACUCCUCAUCACUGCAGGCUCUGGAGAAGAUGACCCUCAGUAACGGAGCAGAGAACGGAGACACCGGGCUCUCCAGCGUGACGACUUCAGAGGAAUCCCCCUCGAAGCCCCCGGAGAGCGAUGGCUCCUCCUAGAGGCUGGGGGGGGGCCGUCGGGAUUCGGAGAUAAAAAGAGGAGUGGGGGGAUUACGUCUCUCAAAGAAAUGAAUCAAAGACAUAGAAUUCUGCUACACACCUAGGGACGAGGGGAAAUGGCAGAGUUCUGUUUUCCCUAUUUCCUCUUGGUGUUCAGGGGAGGUGGGAUCAGGGGGGCAUGUGGCAAUGAUUGGGGCAGACGUACACAUUUUAAGAAGUUAAAUGCGUAGAGGAGGGAGGGAUACUGAAUCAUGUUUGACUUUUGUCUGAAUAUUUUAUUAAGAUCCGGAUGUUGACAGGAUGUACAUGUUUCCGAGCUGGAGGCACAGUGAGAGAGGAAGUUACUGAAAUUGAAAAUCUGUUUUUGAAAAACACCUUUUAGAGUGUUUUCUUGUGUUUCUAUAGUUACUAUUCUGUUCUCGGCAAAAGUGUGAGAAGACUGUGUCGUCCUUCAGGCACAGAAACCAGGAACAUAUCUUGGAAAGGAAAUAAAUCAAUGUUUUUUAAAAGUAUGUUGACAACCUUCUAGCUAAAGCUAUCCAGGCUCUUUCACAUGAGAUGUUUAAUCAGAUUGAAAACAACCCUGUGAAAUAAAUACCAAAUGGAGAAGUGCUGUAGAAUGUUGCCAAUAUGCUUUAUUUACAAUUUCAAGUCAGGAAGGUAGAGACAGUUGAAUAAUGUAUCAGGGUCUAACUACCACAUGAAUGAACAUCAUAACAUUAACCGUUUGUCCGUUUAAAAGGCUCUCCACUACUGCCUGUGUUUGUCUUAUUUUACAGACACUCUGUAGCCGCUUUCACAUAAAAGUACUUUGCCGUACUUAGUGCCAGCACUUAGCAGCACCCCCAUGGAACUAAGUACAGAUCGCGUUCACACCGGAAUAAGUCCCUGAGGGAGGAUUAGGCAAAUGAAGCCGCUGACGUCACUUCUUCUUCUUCUGCUUUGGGUUUACUGGCAGGCCGCAAACAACUUCACGGCGUAUACUGCCACCUGAAGUCCCCGGACUUCAGUAGAAGCUGCUGGGACUUUCCAAUUCCAGGCACUAUCAGAACUAAACGGGAAAAGUACGGGUAAAAGUACACCGGUGUGAACGCGCCUUUUAGGUUUCCUUUAAAGGGAUAGUUUAGUUGUUUUAAAGUGGGGUUUUAUAAGGGUCUUAUCCAUGGUUUGUUUAUUGCCUACAGUAGAUACCAUCAGUUUAGAGGGCUACUUUAACAAUCUAUUGAGUAUCACAGUAAGUAAUGUAACCUGAUUACUUUCCGUUGCUUUUGGAUUAAGAUAAUAUCAAAUGCAAUUCCAAUAAAUAAAAGAGAAAAUAAAUAUCAAUACGUAAUAUUAUUGCUUUCAACUAACCUAAUACAGGUGUGUUAAUUUACAUUACAUGUUAAUUACAUUUAAUUAGAGUCAACGUUUCCGUUUUUUCAGUGCAGUCUCAUUAUGUAGGCCUACCGUAUAUUUAAAAUGAUUUAUUUGACUUUAGGGAGUUGCUGGUUUACCCUGCCUCGAUCGGUUAGUUUGUGUGUUUCGUUAAUUCACAUUCAAAGUGACACAAUAACAGAAACAGGUAUACAGAUAUAAUCGCAUAACAUGGGAAAUAGCAUUAUGACAGCAACAUCGAAUAUUCUAAAUAUAGUGUACACCUCACCAGGCUUGGGGGAUUUCAUGUAACAGGAUAACGUAUUAAAGGUGGGGUAUGUAAUUCACUUCAGAUACACUUUAUGUUAUAUUCCAUGGAAUGCUCUUAACAUCCCGAUAGCAAUGAAUACCUGAAGUGCUUUGACAAUAAAUCCAUUAAAAAACGUCAUCUGUGGAAGCCGUAGCAGGCCUAUUGUAAAAAGCACGACCAAUCAUCUGAGCCGGCCCGGCUAAAGUAACUGGAUGGCCUACCUGCCUGUCAGCCUUCCAUCUGUGCACAAACUUAUCUCGUGCCCUCAUUGGUCAUGUGCGCGUUCGUGUGUGUUGGAGGAGGGGCUCCGGAAGGAAGAGGUAGAUUUUUCCGGUUGUGUAUUUUCAAAUCCUAGCGAUCUCGAGCUGGUUUCUCCAAAAUGACCUACCCCACCUUUAAUGAUAAAAAGGUAACUGUAUUCCCUAACAGUUACAUCAAAAGGUAUAUUUACUUACUGAAUUUCAUUUUUGGAUUUCAUUCAGGCUACUUUCAGUCCUAAAGUGUCUUCUUUUCUACGGUCACAUUGUUCUGUCUUACAUAAAACACUAUAAAACAUCUUAUUAUUUAUUUGGAUUGCAUUUAGUAUUGAGGUUAUCCAAAAGAUAAGAUUAACAAACAUUUUUUACAUGUAACUAGUAAUUGUAACAGAAUAAUUUUUUUAAGUAACCCUACACUGUUAUUAUUCUUUUAUUCAUUUAGGUGGUAUACAUAUAUGAAUCUGCUGCCCCUGCCCCCGUGCAUCAGUAUCUUCCUUACAGUGUCUCCUGUCUGCUUCUCCUAACCACACUGUUCUGAUUAUGGAUGAGUUCCUCAUGCAGCACGACUGUCCCUUUAACCGCCACGUUGAUUCCCAAAUCUCAGUUCUUCAUAGUUUGUUGUUCCGGGAGUCCUUGCCAGCCUCUAGCAAAACAAUCAGAACUGUGCUACAGGACCAUUUGAGGCUAUAAGAGCACGUCCUUCUACUUCAUCUGCACUCACAAAACUGUAACUGACUUUUAUUAAAUACUUAUGUAAACACAUUUCCAAUAACUAUUAGGUUAGUUGAAAGCAAUGAUAUUAAGUUGAAGCUAUUAUUAUUGCUUUCAACUAACCUUAUACAGUUAUGUGAAAUCUGUUGAUAUAAUACAUUUAAUUAAAGGCAGUUUCAGUUUUGUAAUAGAUAUUUUUAGUUAAAGCAGCAAAGACCCUCAGCAAGACAUUAUUCACCUGCGUCCUGGAAUCAUGUUUUAUUUAUUAUCUGGUGACUAUAGAUGUUCCAAUGAGCUGUUAUUCUGCUAUAGUUUUUAACAUUGUUCCAUCUCUAACAUAUUGUGGCAUAUCAUUGUUGAAUAUACAGGGGUGGGCACAAUAACACAUGUAUGCAGUGUAUGCGAGUCGGACCCCCCCCCCCCUCUCUCACAGGCCUAACAGUUCUCCGUUUCAUGCAACACGUUAUUGUGCAGCUCUGUUUCGUUAUUUUUGUUAUCCUUGUUAUUGCUUUGUGACUUUAAAGUCACUUAUUAAGUAAUGUAUUCAUGUCACAAAAUCUAUUGAGCAUUUAAAUAAAGGUUGAUUCCAAUGUG